UAUGCUGCCAGUCCACCACGACAAACUCUACACGCCCCCUUCCUCCCCCGCCUCGCUCACUAGCUCGACAUGGAACAGCUCGUCUCCGCCCUCGUCCCCAACGCACAGCGAGGACGAGGGCGAACAUGAACACGGCGCGCCGCCGCAGACGCGUGUCAUCGACCCUUUGGCUGGAGCGUACAACGCGAACCGCGCGAAGCGGACGUCGACCGUGUUCACGCCGCCGUGUACCCCACAGAAGAAGGCGCGUUGGGCGUACAGGCUCGGACCCGAGCCGGAAAUGGACACGGAGAUGGAAGAGACAAAGUCGACGUCAGUGGUCUCAGCAGACGAUAUGGAAUUCGCUCUGUGGGAGGAAGCGGUGGAUGAUGUCUUUAGUUCCGGGCAGCGGAAGGUUGAUCUGAGAGGCUGUCAUCUCACGAAAAUACCACCUCGCUCCAUUCUGGACCUCGGAAAGAUGGUAGUUUUGCCUGAAACCGGAGAAUUCAUGGAUGACAGCCGCAUCGCUACAAAGCCGGUGCACGGUCUGGAGAAACGGAGAGCAUUUACUCGUGUGCAGACCGCUCCGGCGUCUACUUCACUUGGAUGGGGUUCAGGCGACGCUUUGCAGAAGAGCGUGUCAAGUAGCCACGUCUUGAGCGGGACGUCGAGAGAACACGUCGACCUGUACCUCGCGAAUAAUUCCAUAUCGACACUGCCGGUUGAACUAUGGAGCUUGCACAACCUUAGAGUCUUGUCACUCGGACACAAUGAAAUUUCGUACCUUCCGCCAGAGAUAGGCAAGCUGGAGAAUCUGACGGAUUUGAACGUAGCCCGGAACCAACUCGAGUUCUUGCCCGCAGAGCUGAUGGAGAUGAGGAGCUUAACGAAGUUGAUUGUGUUGCCCAACCCCUUCCUUCCUGAUCCCCAGACAAGUGGCCAGCCUCGAGUAUCAGAAACACGGCAUACGGGUUUAGCAGUCCCAGCACUCACAGAGCUUUCCCUACGCGUUCUACUGGCCCGUCCAAUCACAUCCUUUUUCGUCGACCGCACAAAGAUCCCUCAAACCCUGCUGGAGGAAAUGUAUCAUCUUCCCAUCCCCACAGGACCAUCCUACCGCCCAAUAUCGGCACCUCUCCGGCGCACACUGUCGAACUGUGUUCGAGGUUCGAUCGCGACCGACGAUGAGGUUGUCGCGUCAGAGAAGAGCGUGGAUGGCGAAGCUGCAGCCUCACAUCCGAGUGGAAUUGGAUUAUGCCCAAAGGCGGAACACAAGAGGACGCAUAGCAUCUUCAUCCAGCACGCGGAGGAACGGUUCACUUGGGUCGAGAUGAUCUCGGGCAUCCAGAUUGGAGGGGUUGCACCGUUGCGUUGGCGUGGCUGUCAGCGUGGCUGCUUGGAUUUCCUUAGCCCGGCAGAGGAAGAAGCAGCCGGGAACGAGGAUGUGCACAUGGAGGACUCGGAAGUGGUGCAGACGGUGGAGUUGGGCAGCAGUGAAUUGGACUUUGAAGAUUA